CGAUGCAUGGGGAUAUGGCACCACCUUAUGGAAUGUUUCCAAUGAAAAGGCCAGCCAAAUGAAAUUAUACACAUAGUGGGAUGUGUAUGUUUGAAUUAUUCUGAUUCAGAUCUUGUCUUAUACGUGCUACCAGUGUUUCCUUGAUAAAAAACAAGUCACCUCUGAAAAAGAACUGUAACGAACCGGCCGACAGCUCCCUUGAAAGAGCCAUCAAUCCCAUCGAUACUGAUUAGUUGCUGUUUCCACGUUCAGCCGCCAUUGGCGCUGUAGCUCAGGAUGCUGCUGAGUCGAUAUUGAAUCUCGACACACAAAGAAGAGCCAAGGGAACAGAGCAAGCAAUAACAAACACAAGCCAUUGGCGAACGCAAGUUUCGACAACUGAACAAAUAGCUAUUUUACGUCCUUACAUUAAGCCAUUUUCGUUUUUAUAUUCUGCCAACCGUGUAACCGUGAGUAAGCGCAGCAUCGUCGCCACAGAGUGCUCUGUCACGCAAAGGAUUUAACUAUUAUCUAACAUUUGCACAACAAGCCAAACAUCAGCUAGCAAGCGCUAAUCCUUUCUGGCUAGCGUGUUCUCGUACACUUAGAAGAAAGUGGCCGGUAGCUCGACGUUGGCAAGUAAACAACAUAAAUUGAAUUUACGCGGUGGCAUGUGAGAAACCGAGGGGGGAAAUCUUGGACCUAUUUUAACGGUAUCGUGACAUUAAAAGGUUAUCAAGUACUCUUACAACCAUCAAAGGAUGCUUCAACUGGGUGGCUGGUGGGCUGGAGCACCGUUAACUGCCCUUUUCAUCAUUAUAUGCAGCCUAUCACCCUCGCCCACACAUGCAUAUAUCUAUGCUCAUUACAGUAACAUGACCGUGUUGUUUGAGGACCUACCAGCCCUGUUCGGGUCACCCCUUCCUAAGGAUGGACUCAUGGGUGUUUUGGUGUUGUCCCGCCCCCUCAAUGGCUGUGCAGCAAUUGACCCUCCGCCUCAGCUGCCAUCAGAUAUCGACGCAAACACCACCAAAUUCAUAGUUCUCAUCAGACGCUAUGAUUGCAAUUUUGAUCGAAAGGUCUUACAUGCACAGCAAGCUGGGUACAGCGCUGCCAUUGUUCACAACAUGUACUCUGACUCUCUGCUCAAUAUGAACUACAGUAACGAUACUAUAGCAGAGGAGAUUGACAUCCCCUCGGUGUUCACCAGCUUCUAUGCCUCGGAAUUUCUUAAGAAUUUUAUAAUUCUAGAUCAAGGAGCCUAUGUGAUUUUAAAGCCAGAGUUUGCUUUCCCACUGUCAUACUACCUUAUUCCCUUCACUGGAGUGGUUGGCAUGAUCAUACUUGUCAUGUUUGUUAUCUUGGUUGUGCGUUGUGUGCAGUACAGAAAAAGGCUUAGGAAAAAUCGCUUAUCCAAGGAGCAGCUCAAACGCAUUCCAACUCACAAGUUCACGAAAGGGGAUGACUAUGAUGUGUGCGCCAUAUGCUUAGACGAGUAUGAAGAAGGAGACAAGCUACGAGUUUUACCCUGUUCACAUGCCUACCACUGCAAGUGUGUUGAUCCGUGGCUCACCAAGACCAAGAAGACAUGCCCCGUGUGCAAACAGAGGGUCACCCGGAGCAACCCAGAGCACUCAGAGUCAGAAUCCGAGGAGGAACGCGGUGGACGAGAAGAAGAAGGAACUGAGGGUGAUGCUGACUCGGAGCGCACCCCUCUGCUCCGCCCAUCCAACCCCGGUUCCCCCUCUGGGAGUCCGGGGGCCUAUUCAGCCACCACCACUACAGUGACCACCGCCCAGUGCAUCUCCUCGCCGGCUCAUGACAACUCCCCCGUCCUGGGAUACGAAGGCUACUAUUCCCCUCAGGAGGAUACAGACUCAGAAUGCGAUGUGACAGAAGAUGAGCGGCACCACGGUGGCGACGACGACACAGCUCAGCUUAUUGGCAGGGAUUCUGUGCACAUCUGAUGGCUGGAUCUUCAACAUGACUCAUGAAGAAAAGGGCCUUUGCUGUUCUCUUAUUUACCACUCUGUACUCAGUAGUACUUUUGUUAUAUUGUAACCACACGCAUUGAUCAUUUUGGCUAGAAGUUAUCUUUAUGAAUGAAUGAUUCAGUAAAGGUGGAAGAUUGCUUCCACUUGCUCUUGCUUCCAUCCUAAUUCUUUUUGUGUGACAGUCCGUCCUUCAUAUCUUUAUUGGAUGUCUAUGCACAGCUUCGUGAUUUAAAAAAAAAAAUCUGUUCAGAUGUUUACUUGCACAUGCUAGUUUUCCUUAAUGUCACACUAAACUACGCCCUACUAAACUGGAGCUACACACGUCUGCAGCUUUUACACUAUAUUGUCAUUAAUCAAAACAUUUUAGCUUUAAACAAACUGAAACCGUAGAUGAUCAUGUGGUCGGGAUGGAUGGGCUCUAAGGAUGCAACUAGACGAUGGUGAUUUCUUUUUGGUUUAUAAAUAGAGAAGUGUCCAUUCUGUUGUUUGUGGUGGACUUCUGCGCAGUGUGCCUAUCUGUAAAACACAACACGCCACAUCGUUUUUUUAACCAUUAUCAAGUACAUUGUCACAUUAUGUGUCGCUUUUUGUUGCAUACUUGCACAUGAAAAAAACUAUCUGACGGCUCUGUGCAUCAUGCCCCAUGACAACACUGACACGAGUUUGACAGCAUUUUUUCUGUGGGUGCAGCCACUGGUCACUGUGCAGAGUUUAGUCAUCACGCUCCUAUACAAGUACAUGUUCCUGCCAUAUAAAGUUAGAGGUCUGAGUGAAGAAAUAUUUUCAGUUAAUGGAGUCAAUCCAGGAUAAACAAUAACAUUGCCUUACUUUGGUCUUUAUGUAGGUUAGUGUGUGCAGAAACACACACUUAUUAGUUUUUGUCUUAACUGUAUUUUUAUUUGUACUGCUAAACAUUUUCUUAGUGUGGUUCUUUAAUGUGAUUAAUGGGUAGCAUGUGUUGAUUUGCACCAGGACAUGUAUACUGUAUACACCCCCCCCCCCCCCCCCCCACUUUGAUCAGGUUUGACUCCAGUCUGUUUAUUAUAAAAAGCGCAAACGUUAACUUGUUUUUGUAAGCACUAUUUCAGCCUGUUUACCUGCUUUGUGUAAAUACACUGUUUCACUUUUACCUGACAUCCUGAAGUCACAGCUGGACUAUGUGAUUGGAGUGUUUCAUAAAUUCAAAUGUGGAGAAAUGAUGUGGAACUUUGUUAUUUAUGUUAGAUUGUUGCCCCGCUCAAAUGAAAGAUCAAAACGUUAUGCUGAAUUUGAAAAUGUUUUCUUCAUGUACCACCUUCAGAGUGGUUGUUGGCUUAAUUUAGCAAUAUAACUUUAAAAAAAAAAAAGAUCCGUUAAACUUUUUCCAUCUUCUUUCAUAACAAGCUCAAGUUGAUCAGACUUUACUACAUUUGAAAUGCCAAGUUUAGACCCUUCCUCCAUAUGAUGAUGAAAUGUGAUGACUCCAGGGAUGUCACGGUCUAUGGAUAGCUGCAAUUUAAUGUCUCAUUUUGGGAAGAUUAAAUUGAAAAUUAAUUUGAAA